AUGAAGGACAUGAUGAAAGCUCUGUCUGUUCUAGCUGUUGGCCAGCAGGCGGAGGUGCGGGGCCAGCAGGCAGAGGCAGCAGGCGGAGGUGCGGGGCCAGCAGGCAGAGGCAGCAGGCAGAGGCAGCAGGCGGAGGUGCGGGGCCAGCAGGCGGAGGUGCGGGGCCAGCAGGCAGAGGCAGCAGGCGGAGGGGUCGGUGCGGUGAGGGUGACGGUGAAUACGCCCAGCGUUCAGGUGACUAGAGGUGGAAGUGUCUUACUCCCUUGUUCUUUCCGGACAUCUGCCACUCUCAACAGACUGAACAUCAUCUGGACGGUGUCACCCCUAGAGGAACCAGCGCGCCCCCUACAGGUCAUCUCAUAUGAACAGGGUCAGGUUGUGGAAAGUUUGAGUGAAUAUUUGGGACGUGUAAGAUUUGCCUUUCAGCCCACCCAUGAUGCCAGUAUCUUCAUUAACCACACCCGUACAUCCGACACGGGCACAUACCAGUGCACGGUAAUAAACCCUCCAGAUGGGGCAACACCCAACAUCGGUCUGGUCGGGCUCACUGUGCUCGUCCCUCCCUCAAGUCCGGACUGCUCCAGCGAAGGCCACAGCCAAGAAGGAGGAAGGAUUCAUCUCCGUUGCUCAGUAACAGAAGGGGUUCCAACGCCAACGUUCCAAUGGGAGAAAAUCCCACCUGAUGGUCAGGUGCUCAUCACCAGCCGAGAAGAUUACCGUGGCUCCGUAACUAUCACCAAUCUGACGGCGGAAACAUCUGGUCUGUAUCGCUGUACGGUCACCAAUCAGCUGGGCGCUCAGUCCUGUGCGGUGGAGCUGCACAUACGUGUAGGUGAGAGGCCGAUGGUAUAA